CAUGCAAGCAGUAACCCGGGGCUGCAAACGCCAUGACACGGCCUAGGAAGCGGCACUGGACACCCGUGAAGCAGUCCUAGGCAUCGGAAGUCAGCACCAGAGCCAGGGCUUGGCACUCUUUCCCUCUGUCCUUCUCCUCUGACCUCCCUCGACCCCUACCAACACCAUGGAGGCCGACGACUUCGAUCUGGAGAAAAAUAAAACGAAGGAGACGUCGCCCAGCAAGAUCUUGGUCCACCUUCUCUUCAGCCACUUCGGAAUUUUCAUUGUCGUGGCGAUAUAUGCUGCUAUUGGUGCCUAUGCGUUCGUGGAGAUCGAGCGUCCCCACGAAGAGCGGCUGUAUGAGAUCAAGCAGGAGAAGGCGGUGGAGGUGAACCAGACGAUGAACUACAUGGCCAACCUCUUCUGGUUCUACGUAGACAAGAACUGGACUCUGGAUUCGUACAACGCCACGGUAUACAAAGACCUCAAGAAGCUGGAGUCGUUCAUCAUAUCGGCAGUUCAGAAUUACAACUACGAUGGAACGGUCAUGAACUGGGACUAUUCCUGGACUUUCCCGAACUCGCUGCUCCUGACCAUGACCAUUAUGUCGACCAUUGGAUACGGCCAUAUAUCGCCUGUGACAUCGUGGGGGCAGUUCUUCUGCAUCAUCUACUCGAUCAUUGGAUGUCCUCUUCUGCUCGUGUUCUUGGGGAAUCUUGGAAACUCUAUGGCUGAGUCCUUUACUUACAUUUACAGUCGCUGUUGUUGUCGAUGGUGUCGAAGUGUGCGCAACUUGUCCGAACUGCCUCCUAAAGCAAGCAAAAAGUACCGAAAGCUCUUGAUUGACGAUGAGGUUGGGAAGGAAGAGUACAUGCCGACGGAGCACGUGGACGUGCCCAUCACCCUGACCCUCGUGGUGCUGUUCGUGUACAUCAUGCUCGGCGCCGUCCUCUUCUCCGUGUGGGAGAACUGGGACCUCGGCUCCUCCUCCUACUUCACCUUCGUCACGCUCUCCACCAUCGGCUACGGGGACAUGGUGCCCGGCACGGCGCUGCUGGACAGCCAGAAUCCCGGGACGGCGGGUCUCAAGAUGGCCGUGUGCAUCGGGUACAUCUUGCUAGGCAUGGCGCUGCUGUCCAUGUGUCUCAACCUGAUGCAGGAGCAGAUCGUCGAGAAGUGCCGCUGGCUGGCCCGGGAGAUCGGCCUGAGUGGGAAGGACACCGUGCAGGAGGCCAAGGGUAAGGACAAGGACAAGGACAAGAAGGCCCUCGACGACAUCGACGACGACAAGAAGAAGAAACUGGACGACUUGAAGGACGUAGACAAAACCCCGCCGAAGGACACCCUCUCCGUGCCGAGUUCAGCAGGAUCCAGAAGUUCCCUCUUGAAGUCUCCAACGCAUUCCAUUCCUGGUGCCUUGGACGACUUGUAAGUGACGACUGAGCAGCGAAGAAGAUUCAGAACUGGAGAUUUGUUGUGAUUAUUUUUUUUUCUUAAAAAAAAUCACCUAAAGAGUUUUUUCUUGUAGGUUUCCAUCAGUAAGCUGUAGUGAAUAAUCAUAUAUAUGAAGCAGUCACGCAUACAUAAAGUUAAGAAAAAAUAUGAUUAUGAAAUAGCAUGACAUUUGAGAUUCACAAUGCAGUAUUUCAUAUAACUAUUACCAGUAAAGUCUUUAGCGAUUGUACCACCAACUAGCCAUUAGCAAAUUUGCUGCUCCGUAUUGGAAUGACUGUUCUGCUGUUGAUAAAUGUAGGCGUAAUCAAAAUAAUGAGUAACUUGGCUUCAGUGCAGCGUGAAUAACAAUACCUCAGUCAUUUGUCUUUGUCUCAGAAGCAAGGACACCGUACUUUUAGGUGAGUAACUUGGCUUCAAAAAAUACAGUACAAUUAUACGAUACGUAUACAGUUCCAGAAGUGCGUUUGUCUGUGAUUCUGAGCAAAUGUGAAUGAAUGCUGUAUUGUUUUACUCAUUCCAUGUCAGAACACUAAUGUGAAUGGCUACUACAUAUAUAUUAUAUUUUCCCCUAUAGAAAGGCCGCAUUGAAAUCAUGUUUAAGGAUAUGAUUGAAAGAUAUUUAUGACCUUGUUUAG